AUGCCUGAGUCUCCUCAUAGCCCCCCAGCAGCCCGUCAGACCCCGGCCAGCAGUCUCCUCAGUCACACAGACAACAGUGCAGGAGAAAAAGCUGCUAAUGGGGACACCUGCAGUGGAGUGAAUGCUGAAAACUGGCAGAAUCUCCACCAUAAACAGAUGUUUUUAGCAAUGAUGGCUUCUCAGCAGAUGCAACAGAUCCUGUCACCAAACCAGCUGCAGACUCUGAUCCAACAGAAACAACAAGCCCUCAUGCUCCAGCAGCAACAUCUGAAAGACUUUUACAAGAAGCAGCAACAGCAGAUUCAUCUGCAGUUGCUUCAACAGUCCAACAAGAAGGCCAAAGAGCUCCCUGCACAGCAGCUUGUCUUCCAGCAGCUUCUCCAGCUUCAUCAGCAGCAGCAGCAGCUCCUGCAGGUUCAGAGACCGGUCCUGUCCUCUCCUGCUCUCUCUCCAGGAGGUUUCAGUCCUGCAGAGAUGAUGCAGAUAUGGAAAGAGCUCACAAACGAAAUAAGUGAAGAAAAAACCUCAUCAAAGAUUCACCAGGAGUCAUCUUCUAACAACAUAAUGUCAGCCAAAGUCUCAACAAAAGUGAAGGUGGACCAGCAGCAGACUUCUCCUCCUCGCAGGGCAGAAUGUGCUGUUAAAGCUGAACAAGCUGCCACACAUGCUCUCUACAGUCACGGUGUGUGUAAUUGGCCUGGGUGCGAGUGGGUGUGUGAAAACAUCAGCCAGUUUAUGAAACAUUUGGGCAGUGAGCAUGCUCUGGAUGACAGAAGUACAGCGCAGUGCAGAGUCCAGAUGCAGGUGGUUCAGCAGCUUGAGCUUCAGCUCUGCAAAGAACGGGAUCGUCUGGGAGCGAUGAUGGCUCACCUUCACCUGCCAUCUUUAGAAGCUCAGUCUAUCCCUUCACCUGCGGGUCUACAGUCUCCACAGUCUGAUGCAGCAGCUGACCCAUGUGAUCUACAGCUCAGCUCAGUCUCCGUCACCAAUAACCUGCCCUCGAUGAGCCCAUCAGACUCAUCUCACAUGCCCCUGCAAGCUUUGGGCGGAUACCUGAGCACACCAACUCAGGGGUGCGAGGAAAAGUCACCCUCUCAGACGUCCUGUGCGGGGGCCAUAAGACGUCAACAUCACCCUUUGGUCUACUUGCUGUCUUCAGAAGAUGAAUACGAGCUCUACAAGAACACGGAUAUCAGACCACCAUUCACGUAUGCAACCCUGAUAAGACAGGCUAUAAUGGAAACACCAGACAUGCAGCUAACACUCAACGAGAUUUACAACUGGUUCACGAGGACGUUUGCUUAUUUUCGACGAAACGCAGCUACAUGGAAGAACGCAGUGAGACACAACCUGAGCCUGCACAAGUGUUUUGUGCGCGUGGAGAACGUAAAAGGUGCCGUGUGGACGGUGGAUGAGGUGGAGUACCAGAGGAGGAGGUCUCAGAAGAUCACAGGGAGUCCAUCGCUGAUGAAGCACGUCUCCUCUGGCCUUGAUUUUGGGACUGUUCUCAACGCUGGUCUGAAGACGGCACUGGCUGAGGCUUCGUUGCCAGGAUUUAAGAGGGAAUGUGUCAGCAGAAACUCUAAGAAUCAGAUAAAGGAGAAAAAAGCAGGAAACAAGAACAGCAUCCAGCAUUCUCUUGGACUUAAAGAUGAAGCGCUGAAGUUGAUAAACCGAGAAUCUCUAGUGUCAAAAGUGAAACCAGCCGACCUUCAGGACAAGAUGGAAAAUGACCCAGACAGUUUGUUUGACCUUAAAGAAGUCUGACUUAAACAACCAUAAACAAGGAAGUUAAUAAAUCUUUUAAGA